UUGUGAAAAAGUAGAUGAACAUAAAUUGCAGGCGAUUAAUUUAUAUAAAAUCUAGCUUAAAAUUAUUAAUAUAAAAUUUUGAAACAUAAAUAACAAAAUAAUAAGUGAAAUAUACUAUUUAAACGCUUAAUUGGAAAAGGAAACCUACAACUUUUACCCUAAUUUUAACUAAAAAAAGGAAAAAUUGUAAAAUGGGCAGAGGGCUUCAAUAUACAAUUGAUUAUUAAACAAAUGCGGAAAAUCUAAAAAUAGAUAUAGCGAAACAAUAGAAUUUCCAUAAUUACAUUAAUCGUCAUCAAAUCAAUAAUCAAGUUGGCGCAAUGACAUCUUUGGGUGGUGCCAAAAUACCCACAAUAUCAGCAACAAUUUCAACGAUUAGUUUGACUUCAAUCAUGGACGGUUUGGCAGUCGAAGAAAAACCGUUGAAUACAUUGCAAAUGGUGCAGCAGAAGUUCAAGGAUAACGAAAAUGUCUUAUCGAUUUUCGAGGCUUAUCAAAUUGCGGGACAAGAACACACCAGCCGUAUAUUGGCUUUAGUUGUAUCAGUUGCGGGCGGUACUUAUGCGGUGUUCUCAUUGACGGCAGCACGUUUGCCACCGCGCAGCAAUGCGGACUUAAGUAUUGAGAAAGUAUUUGCACUUAAUGAAACAUUUGAGAUGGGAAAUGAUAAAAAAGGUUCCAUCUCCCAGUUGCAAUUUACAUUAAAGACUGCCGAGGAGCCUGUAGUCAAAUAUUACUAUUACCCGGUAAUAUCGGCGGAAGGAGCUUCAGAUUUUGAUACGUUUCAUGCUCAAGUUAUUUCGGCAAAAAUGUCAAUGUUGCAUACGCCGUCUUUGGGUCUAAACGAUGUCACUGCUUUAAAUUUCAGCUGGAUAAAUGACUAUCGACAGAUUGGCGAAGUCAAGCAAGAGUUAAAGAGGAGAGAAAAUGAAUACAUUAAACUCAACGAUUUUACCGUAUAUUGUGCCACUUGGAAUGUUAAUAAUAAAUCGUAUUGCGAUUCUCCUUUAAAUCUUUGGUUAGCUGCUUGCGAUGCUCCUCCUGAUAUAUAUGCUAUAGCGUUACAAGAAUUGGAUACCUCAGCCAAGGCUAUAACAUUUAGCGAAAAUCGGCCGGAUGCUUUGUGGAUCAACAAAAUGCUGGAAAGUGUUCAUUGCAAAGCAGAUUAUGAAGAAUUAGCUUCUGUACGUUUAGUGGGCAUGAUGUUGACCAUUAUUAUCAAACGUGAAUUGCGACGAUAUAUAGCACGUUGUCGAGUUAAGAGUAUCGCUCGUGGCGUCUUUAAUGCAUUGGGCAAUAAGGGUGGUGUAGCGGUUAGCAUACAAAUUAACGAGGGUAACUUGUGUUUUGUGAAUUCACAUUUGGCAGCUCAUUUGGCUUUUGUGGAUGUUCGUAAUGAAGAUUAUUGGGGCAUAGUAAAGGGCUUGGUUUUCGAUGACGACUUACGACGCACGAUUAACGAUCACGAUCAUAUUUUUUGGAUUGGCGAUUUGAAUUAUCGUAUUGAAGAGCCAUCGGGCUUUCAAUUUCCUAGUGCACGCGGUGCCCAUAAUUACCACGAUUUGUUACUGCAGUUCGAUCAAUUGGGUCAGGAAAUGCGUAAAGGAAAUUGCUUUGAGGGUUAUACAGAAGGUCCUAUUACUUUCCGUCCAACAUAUAAAUACGAUCCUGGCACUGAUAAUUAUGACAGCAGUGAAAAGCAAAGAGCUCCGGCCUACUGCGAUCGUAUAUUAUGGAAAGGCUCCAACAUUGAACAAUUAACUUAUAACAGUGUCAUGGAAAUACGACAGAGUGAUCAUAAACCCGUGUAUGCAUUAUUUCGGGUAAAAGUCAAAACCAAAGAUGAGAAACGGUUUAAAAAGAUACACGAAGAAGUUCUAAAAUUGGUAGAUAAACGCGAAAACGAAAAUCAACCGCAAAUUAACGUAGAAAAGACAGUAAUUGAUUUCGGUUUAGUGCGUUUCAAUGAACUGAUUUGCAGAGAUUUUACAGUAUCGAACUCUUGCCCAAUUCCUGUGGAAUUUAUGUUUAAAAUCAAGGAUGCUCCAUUGAACGAUAUAUGCGAAAAGUGGUUACAAAUUGAGCCUAGAACUGAACGCUUAAUGAUUGAUUCAAGUAAAGCUAUACGUGUUAAACUCUUAAUCGAUUGCAAUAGCGUAACCGGUCUGUUGCAGAAAAUACGUGCCACAAAUUGGAAAUUUGAUUUCGAUAUAUUAAUUUUACACGUAAAGAAUGGUCCCGAUAUUUUUCUUACUGUAACUGGUGAAUAUAAACCUAGUUGUUUUGGUUUAUCUAUAGAAACGCUUUGCCGAACCGAUCGUCCUUUAUGCGAAUACACUCAAGCGGAAAUUAAGUGUUUGAUGAAUGACGAAUCACCUGAAUUUCGUGUUACAAUGCCACGAGAAUUCUUCUUGUUAAUUGACUAUCUGCAUAAACAAGGCGCAAGUGUGGAGAGCGCUUUUACUUUAAGCUCAUUGGAAUUUAAACAGGCGAAAAGUGCGGAAUUUAACGCUAUACGGGAUUGGCUCGAUAGCUGGUCAAAUGAAGAAUUUCCUGGUUCGCCGUCAGCUGCGGCAGAAGCAUUGCUUAUGCUGUUGCAUUUAUCGGAAACGCCUUUGCUGGACCCCUUAGUUGAAGAUAUUUUAAAUACACAAACAACGGCAGAAGCAAUGGAAUUAAUUUCAUUGUUAAGUUCACCUAAACGUAAUGUAUUCGUACAUUUGUGCAUGUUCUUGCGUGAGGGUAUCGAACGUAAAUAUUACAAUUUAAUGCAUGUGGCUACCAUUUUCGGUCGUGUACUGUUGCGUUGCACCACCAAAUCGAAAGACUAUUAUCGUGACACACGUACCAGAGAGUUUAUGCAGCGUUUCAUUAGUAGUGAUGUGGGUACAUUAUCCAAUGCUACGGCAGCACUGACAACCACAACGACGACAGCAUCGUCUCGAACAACAGUAGCAACAGCAGCAGCAACUGGCGCAACAACAUUAGAAGAAAGAACGAGAUCGGGAACAGGAACGGCAGCGGGAACGGGAACGGGAACGGGUGCGAGUGCGGGUGCGGGUGCGGGUACGGGAGCGGGAGAAAACGGUCGAAUAAAUUCAAUGGGUGGUAAUCAGGCAAAUUCUAAUGCUGCAGCUUUAACUUGAAAGGCAAUCGUAUGGAAAUUAUUUAUAUUGUUUUGUUUAUGGCAGGAAACUAUUUUGCUCCUCUCUACGGAGCGAAAGCACUUUAAGUAAUUUAGAUAAUUUUUAUAUAUUUUAUAAUAUUUUUCACGAGAGCAAUAUAUUCACUUUUGAAUAAUUUUACUUU